UAAAUAAUAGCCACUAUAUUCUAUCGUCAACUAUGAACCAUAAAUAAAAGCUCCACCGUGUUACUCUCCUUCAAUCAUAUAAAUAAAACAUCAUCUUUUCGUUUCAAAAUCGCCAUAUACAUUAGACUAUGGUGAAACUCUGUGAGCUGUGUGGUGAAGAAGCCCAUCUCCACUGUGACGCAGACUCCGCUUUCCUCUGCCGCUCCUGCGACGUUAAGUUCCAUGCCUCUAACUUCCUUUUCUCCCGCCACGUCCGCCGCAUCAUAUGUCCGACUUGCGAUUCUCACACGGGAGAUUUCGUCUCUGGUUCUCUUUCCCCUAAUUGGCCUGCUAAAAUAACUACCUGCUCCUCCUGUGGAACGUUUUCGUCUCCCGCUUCGUCUUGUUGCUCCGAGCUAUCGUCGUCGUCGACGAGGAAGACUGCUUCGCGUGCUACUGUCAACAGAGCGCCGCGAGGGAGGGAAAAGAAAGUGAUGAAGGCCGUGGCGGAUGGCAUUUUUGUAAAUUGGUGUGAUGAUUUAGGACUAAACGGGGAUUCGAGAAACGCCGUCGUUUCGUUGGCGACUCUCGCUUUGGCAGUGUGGAAGUCGAGAGCAGCAACGACUAAGGUGAUUUUAGCGGCGGCGUUUUGGUUCGGUGUUAAAAACCAAAACGCGCGGGAGAAGACGAUGACGUGGCCGAGUACUCUAAAGAAGGUGGAAGACAUAACCGGAGUUGCAGCUGGAACGAUUCGAGCCGUGGAAAGCAAGCUGGCGCGUGCAGUGACGCUGCAGCUUAGGCGGUGUCGCGUGGAUUCGGAGGAAGGAUGGGCCGAAAACGACAACGUUUGAAGUUUUUUUUUUGACGUGGGUCAGGGCGUUGCACCUAGGCAUUAUUAGUGUUAGUGAUGAUGAUAGUGAUACAAGUUGUCUCAUGUCUGUAUCCAUCGACGUGUUGAUUUUUCUUUCCAAACCUUUAAAAAACCCACCGCGUGAGAUGAUAGAAAUUCCCUAAAGUGAUGAGAGUAAGUCCAAUAUUCAAACGAGCUUUUUUUGACAUUAAUAUUCAAAAAUAACAUAAAAACAUAAAUAAUUAUUAGA